AUGAGAGAUACCGUAGUGGACAAAAGAAUAGUGACAGUCCCUUCAAUUCGCCCAAAUUUACUUUGUCCAAAAACACAAAUUGAACAAGUUUGUCAUCAUCAAACAACAACAUCAUCCCCGUCUUCUUCUUCAUCCACCUCUUUAUCUUAUCUCUGUUCGACAACAACAAAUGACAGCCAAAAUAAAAAAUUAGAAGAAAAAAUAAAUGAAAGAUUUAAUGAUGAGGAGGAAAUUAAAAAUUCUACAAAAAAUCGAAGUAAUUCAUUUGGACAUAUUCAAAAAGGAAAAUCAAAAGAAGAACAUUCAUUAAUUCAUCAAAACACUGAAAAUAAUGAAUUACCAACAACUUCUUCCCCUCCAACUUGGACUGCUACUUUUGCACAAAGUUUGCAAAUACGUUCAUCAUCAACGCGAAGACGUAUUCGAUCCCCACGACCUCCUGCUAAACACAUUCUUAUAUUGAAGCAUAGUGUUCAAUUACUCGAACCAAAAACUCAAGGAAUUGAAUGUAUAUCCUCUACAAAUACUUCAAAUCAAUCAACAAACUUUAAAGAAAAUAAACAAACAUUAGAAACAACAAAUUCAUUAAAAAGAAGGGGAAAAAGGAGGUGUUUUAGUGUUGCUAAAUUGGAUGAAAAUAGAAAACAGACUAAUUGCCAAAAAAUAACAAAUACAAGAAGAAGGCAAUUUAGUUAUCAAAGUGAAGAUACCGACAAUGAAAAAAUAAUUAAUAAUGAAUUUAACAAUAAUGAUGAACUUUUAACAAGUUGUAGUAGUGGAAUAAUUUCUGAAAAUGAAUUGGAUGUAAUUUAUAAUCAAGAAAGAAUUCAUUCUCUUUCAAGUCCAGAAUUAUCCCCAGAUGAAUUAAAACAACUUUUUCCAGAACUUAGCGAUCAUUGGCGGUAG